GCCCCAGUGUGAGUACAGUACAGUCCUGCGUACUCCAGCUGGAAAUGGGUGAGUCUCCCCGAAGCCCCGCGGCCCCGGACUCUGUUAACGUGCGGACUUGAGUGACGCAGUUGAAAACACAACUUGCGCACUCGUGCCGUGCAGCCGCAGUGUCUGCGCCUUGUUUUGAGCGGCUCGCGUUGUUAGCCCUUGCAGCUAGCAGGCUAUCGGAGUCAGGCCCAGCGAAGAAGAGUUCACUGCUGUGUUUCCAUCAGCGACAGCUCUCACACCGCUGAACCGGCAGAUAGAACCCCCCCCACACCCACACACCCACACCGUCAGGCCGCUGUUCUAGAAGCCAGGGCUGGUUUUAGUCGCACUGGAUACGUUAGCCUCGCCUGCAGACUCUGGGCUAAGUGCAUCAAAGCCAUGACUUCCAGGAGGACGGGCUAUGCGGGUGGCAUGGACCCCUCUCCAUCGAACAGCGGCUCCAUCCACAGUGGGAACCGCAAGCAAAGCAUCAUCAACAUCCCCGGCAGGACCGACUCCUGUUACGAUCGCAAACCCGACAAGGCGGCGUACGGAGCUGCGCAGGGCAACAUGACCGUCACGUCGCUCAAGUCCCGCCUGGCCCCGACCAUUCAGACCGCCAUGUCCGCCGCGGUGGACACCCUGCUGGGCGAGGUGGUGCUGGUCCUCAACGAGACCCAGCAGGAGCUGCUGCACAAGGAGCAGGAGAACGAGAGGCUGAAGGUGCGACUCGAGGUGUCGGAGCGGGAGCUGAAGACGCUGCAGGAGUGUCUGAGCAGCGCCCAGAAGCUCAUCGACCAGCUGCAGGUCUCGUACGGGGGCCCUCAGUCCAUCGGUCAGUCCGUGUUCGCCCCGUCUCUGUCUUCCAUGGCCUCCCUGACCUCGGGUCUGGACCGGGACCACCAGAACCCCCGGAACGUGAACGGAGCCGGCGUGGACCUGGGUCUCGGUGGCUCUGUGGACGAGUCGCUUCACGGGUUCGAGCCCAGGGAUGACUACAAAAUGUGCCAGCUAUCGAUCCAACCAGACGGCUCUGUGACCAACCACGCGCUGGACUCCUUCACGUCCAACGCGUCUCACAUGUGCUCCGAUUCCAGCCGGCCAGACGAGAGGCAGUCUCAGGGACCCGGCGGACCGACCAGGUUUGAGAUCAAAGAGGAGCAGGGACUGGUUCCAGGCUCCGGUCAGCCCGGCAGGAAGGAUUCGGACGACGGAGAGCGGUCGUCUCACAACGUCGGUGACCUCAACUACGUUCAGGUGGGGGAGGGAGCUUCUCAGCGUUCAUUUACUCACCCCCUGCGGCACCAGAGGCCUGUGCGAGACUGCAGCGUUGCCUUGCAGCAGGGCGGACUCGAUGGACACAAAGCCCUGGCCAGGACGCCUGGGAGAGGAGACAGCGUGUCGCCCGGCCGAGCCGAUGACUCGGCAGGACCUUCUGCCCCUGACACAGUCGUGGAUCCCGCUCUGGAUCGGCCUCACCACUGUCUGGAGUGUGGAAAGACGUUCCGCUUGAUCUCCAGCCUGAAGAAGCACAUCCGCAUCCACACGGGAGAGAAGCCUUACCCGUGUGGGGUCUGCGGCCGCCGCUUCCGCGAGUCGGGCGCUCUCAAAACGCACCUGCGCAUACACACGGGCGAGAAGCCGUACUCUUGCUCCGAGUGCGGGAACUGCUUCCGCCACUUGGACGGCUUGCGGAAGCACCGGCGCACGCACACCGGAGAGAAGCCCUACGUGUGCGCCAUCUGCGGGAAGCGCCUGAGCCGCCUGCAGCAUCUCAAGCACCACCAGCUCAUCCACACCGGAGAGAGGCCGUGCUGCUGCCCCUUCUGCAACCGCAGCUUCAAGGAGCCCGCGGCGCUGCGCAAACACAUCCGCACGCACAGGGAGGAAGGCGGCCACUUGGGAAUCGGCGUCGUUGAAGAGACAGACCCGGACGCCAUCGAUGACAUGAACAACCUGCAUCCGGCGGCUCCGUCCCCUCAGAUGAGGUUCGGAGAGUGGGGAGCAGAGGAGGACGACAGCUCAGUUGCGGACUGUGUGUAGUGGAACAAGGUGUUUUGGCGGUUUGAUGUGAUGAAUGCGAUCAUCUCUGUUCCAUGCGGUUAGAAUGCAGACAUAUUACCCUAGAACUUUGAGUUUUUCUUUACAUCUGACAUCUUCCUGUUUUCAUGUCAGCAGCAUGUGUUUCUUUUUUUCUUCGGACAUUCAUCAGGCAGCAGCAGCAGCAGCAGAUGUAGCAGCGUACUGGUUUCAAUUAGAGAAGUGGACUGGAUCCGCUUUCUCACUUUAAAAGUAUUAGAACACUCGACCUUUAAACAGAGUCCCUGCUGGUGCUGUUUAAGAUCGUCCCCGGAUGUUAGCCAGGAUAAACUGUUUUUAGUCGUGACUUUUUUAAGCGUUAGGUUGUGCUGAGCUGCUUUAAUCCAGUAGACAGGAAUAGAUGCAUAGUGCGGGUCCAUGCUUCAUGUGCAGGACAGGCCUUGCACAUUGUAUUGCUGGCCUUGUAUUUACAGUGUUAUGGUUUAAUUCAGUGAUGUGAUGAUUGUGUGGGUCCCUUCUACUGGUGCUUUACGAAACAGGAUCCACAACAGAAGGUGACCAACAACAUCAUGGGUUGAUCAUUCCAGAUCAUUUCCAGUUUACUCAGCCAGAUCCUUUAAGACCAAGAAAAGCAGACAUCCUAACUAUGGCAAUAUUAAUAAAAAUGCCACAUGGUAACUUGCUCCUAUCGUGAUAAAUGGACAAUAUACUAUUGUCUCCCAGCUCUACCUCACUAUCUAUUCUCCACAAUGAUAAAAAUAACACAAAACACUCAAUUCCCGGCUGAUGGAAGUGGUUAGAUUUGACUACAUUUAUAGCUCUUCCUCUUCAGCCCUGCUCGGCUCCGUCUCCUCCCUGCGGAGCCAUCGUCAGUUACACAAUCCUAUCGCUGAACUGAUCUGUGUCAAGUAUAGCUCGAGUUUUAAGACGCCGUGUCAUUCAAAGCAUUAUAUCUAUUAUUUUUCUUUAACCAAACGCGCAGGGUUAUUUUAAAGAGCGAGCCGACAACAUCAUUCACACUGUUCAAACAUGGACCAUUUCUUAGCAUUCCUUCUUUUUACAAAGUCAAGCUGCUACUCUGUCUAGAAAUUCCUCUCCCCUGUAUUUAUAAUUAUUGUUACCAGCCAGUUACUUGCGGUCACUAGCUGACAGACUCUGGUGCUUGCAUGUGCAUAUUUGUUUCUCCGCUGGUGACGAUGCCUCCUGGGUGUUGAUGUAAAUAAGAAUAUAGUUUUAGGCAUUUUAUCCAGUUUGAUAAGGGGGUGGACGUUUGUUUCUUUUCGUGUACCGUGCUUUUAAACCAUCAUUAUGCUAACAUGAUGUAAAUAUAUCUUUUUUAAAUAUCUUACUGUUGUUGUCCCCGAUGUUCUGAUCCAACGCAACAAAGGCAUCAGGUUUAACAGCAGACGAAUCCUCCCAGCCCUCUGAGCUGUUCUCUAGGUCUCUUGUGUCAUUUGCCAUGUAUACUACUCUAAUGUUCUCCCUGUUCAUCUACAAGUGUAAGUCAUUCUACAAGGCCCUCGAAAUGUAAAAAUAUAAGUCGAUGUAUACCCAGGAUACGAUUGUCAAAUUAACAUAGUGCCAGUUUCGCAUAUUUAUUGUUAUUUAGCGUUUAAAACAUGGGGGCUUUGCAUCUAGGUUUAAAUUAAAAGGGCAUUCUUCCCUAACAGAUCAUUAAAUGUGAAAAAUGAAUUACUUUUUUAAGCCGCUGUGUUCAAAUCAUACUCCUGCAAUUCACAUCCAUCCUGUUACCAACUGUAUAUGUGACUAUAUUAAAGGGCCUUGUUUGUA